AGGCGCAGUAGGCAGAAUGCGAGACAGAGGAAGGUAGCUUCGAUAUUUCACAAAAGCGACUUGAUGUAAACUCCCUGUCUUUAGCCCAGGAGAAGCCGGCGAAGUAACAACAAUAAGGUCAAGGCUGCCACGCCUCGCCGGGACUGCUGUGGUUCUACUCGGUGAAGCUGCCAGUUUGAAAUAAUCGCAGCGCUCAUGAAACAGUAGGUCGGUCCUUCAUCGGGAAGCUCAACUGUUAUCUGCCCAAACUAUCAACUAACCGGGCUCAAGGGAAAGACACAAACAACUAAAAAAUCGAUUGAUUGAUGCGUCAGCCAAUAGGAAAUCCGUGCACGUUUCCCUGUUUGUGGAUUUCCGGCUAAAUGCUUUCAGCCAAUCCUUUUCUGCAGAGGCUGUAAAGCCCGCCCCUUUAUUUCCGGUGUCGUGUGUCAAUCAAAAGCACUUUUUUGUUUUUGUAGGUGUUUAAAACACCACAGGAUUCCGGCAUUAAAAUGGCUGGUGAAAAUGAGAACCCGAACCCCAGUUCACGCAUCAUGACAUUCUACCCAACUAUAGAGGAGUUCCGGGACUUCAAGAGAUAUGUUGCUUACAUCGAGUCUCAAGGAGCGCACCGUGCUGGUUUGGCCAAGGUUGUUCCCCCGAAAGAGUGGAAACCAAGGAUUUGUUAUGAUGACUUAGAUGAUCUCGUAAUCCCUGCACCAAUCCAGCAAGUAGUGACGGGUCAGUCUGGUCUCUUCACUCAGUACAAUAUACAGAAAAAGCCAAUGACAGUCAAAGAAUUCCGUCGGAUUGCAAACAAUGACAAAUACUGUACCCCUCGUUACUCAGAUUUUGAGGAUCUGGAACGCAAAUAUUGGAAGAACUUGACUUUCAAUGCCCCCAUUUAUGGAGCAGAUGUUAAUGGGUCUUUAUAUGACAAGCACGUGGAAGAGUGGAACAUUGGCCAUCUUAAUACGAUCCUUGACGUAGUGGAGAGGGAGAGUGGCAUUACUAUUGAAGGAGUAAAUACCCCCUAUUUGUACUUCGGCAUGUGGAAAACAUCCUUUGCCUGGCACACUGAAGAUAUGGAUUUAUACAGCAUCAAUUAUCUGCAUUUUGGUGAACCAAAAUCUUGGUACACUGUGCCCCCAGAACAUGGGAAAAGGCUUGAAAGACUUGCUAAAGGCUUCUUCCCUGGAAGUGCCCAAAGCUGCGAGGCUUUUCUGCGCCACAAGAUGACUCUAAUCUCACCCUUCAUACUGAAAAAAUAUGGGAUCCCUUUUGAUAAAAUAACCCAAGAAGCUGGGGAAUUUAUGAUCACUUUCCCCUAUGGUUACCAUGCUGGCUUUAACCAUGGCUUUAACUGUGCUGAGUCCACAAAUUUUGCAACACUGCGUUGGAUUGAAUAUGGAAAACAAGCUGUUCUGUGCUCCUGCAGAAAAGAUAUGGUGAAGAUUUCAAUGGAUGUAUUUGUACGGACAUACCAACCUGAGCGUUACAAACUAUGGAUAACGGGAAAAGACGUCACAGUGAUUGAUCACACGUUGCCAACUCCAGAAGCUGCCGAAUUCACUGGGGAAGAACCUAAUACUGAGCAGCGGAAAAGUGUAACAAGGCGCGUAGGAACAAAGAGACACCGUGUGUGUCUGGAAGUGCCCGAGGAACUGAGUCAGAGUAGCGCUUUCCCGAAGGACGACCUCUGCCCUGUGUCAUGUGAUAUGGACACUCCGUGUGUGGAGCAAAAUAAAGAAGUGGAAAGCUGCCCGGAACCAGCUACAGAACCAGGCUCUUCCGGACAAAAAUUUGAAACUCUUAAGAAUGUAGAGGCUUUCAAUCUGUCAAUAUCGAAUCCAGCGAGCCCAUCCAACAGCACAGGGAGCUCGUCACUGUCCUCCUCCUCCUCUCAAGACAGCUCUUCAGACACUUCUCCCGACAGCUCUGGCUCCUCGGACAGUGAAUCCGAUGAGCAUCCAAACGUAAGCUCUGAGAAACUAUGUGUCGUACACAACUACGCCAAAGGAGAAGAGAGUCCGGCCAAAAGGAUAGCCAGCAGCAUGGCCAACUUUUCAGAAAGUGAACUAAAAGAGGUUGCUGAGAUGGCCCUAAAAGAGAUUAAGAACCCUGCAAGUCGCCGUCAGCCACUGUGUAAACUGCCGCGCUACCACCCACUGGUCAUGAAGGAUAUCGGUAGUGAUGAUGAUCUAUCAGAUCAGCUGUCUGUUAAUGAAGACUUUGAAGAACAUGAGAUGUGGGCAAAGCCUCUCACCCACCUUUGGCAGAACCGACCUCCAAAUUUCCAAGCUGAGAGAGACUAUAACAUUACAAUGUCUUGUGUGCCUCCCCACUGUGCGGUGUGCAUGCUCUUCCAAACAUACCACCAGGUGGAAUGUGGCGGACAGAAAAAUAAAACUGACCCAAAUACUAUUGGAUUCCAAAAGCGAACAAAACCUCUUAUUCCUGAGAUGUGCUUCACCACAACAGGGAGCAGCACAGACGUCAACCUCUCUGCUCCUUACCUUGAAGAAGAUGGGACCAGCAUGCUGAUCACCUGCAAAAACUGUUGUGUGUGUGUCCAUGCCAGUUGUUAUGGCGUGCCCAAGGAAAAAGCUCUAGAAGGCUGGAUCUGUGCCAGGUGUGAAGAAAAUGCUCUGACAGAGGAUUGCUGCCUAUGUUCCCUACGUGGUGGUGCGCUCCAUAAAGCAAAUGAUAACCGAUGGGUGCAUGUGAUGUGUGCAGUGGCAGUUGCAGAAGCAAAAUUUGUGAGCAUCGCAGACCGAAGCCCAGUAGAUAUCAGCAAAAUUCCCCUGCAGAGAUUCAGAUUGAAAUGUGCAUUCUGCAAGAAGAGGAGGAAGAGAGUCGCUGGUUGUUGUGUGCAGUGUUCCCACGGGCGCUGUCCAACUUCUUUCCAUGCCUCUUGCGCACAGGCUGCAGGCGUAAUGAUGCAGCCAGAUGAUUGGCCCUUUGUUGUCUUCAUAACUUGCUUCAGGCACAAAUCAUCACAGAAUGGGCAGGGCAAGGAUUCUGACAAGGACAUCAAGCUGGGACAGGCGGUGAUUAGCAAACACAAGAACGGCCGCUACUAUCAGUGCGAGGUUGUCAAGAUGACCAAGGAAACAUUCUACGAAGUCAAUUUUGAUGAUGGGUCCUUCAGUGAUAAUCUGUAUCCGGAAGAUAUUGUGAGCCGUGACUGCCUUAAUCUCGGCCCACCACCUGCGGGAGACGUUGUGCAAGUUCGUUGGACAGAUGGUCUCGUUUAUGGAGCAAAAUUUGUUGCUUCUCAUACCAUUCAGAUGUACCAGGUGGAGUUUGAGGAUGGAUCGCAGCUGGUGGCUAAACGCGAUGAUGUGUACACGCUUGAUGAAGAGCUACCAAAGAAAGUAAAAACUCGCCUGUCAGUGGCAUCCGACAUGCGCUUUACGGAAAUAUUCACAGAAAAAGAAGUGAAACGAGAAGUGAAGAGACAAAGAGUUAUAAACUCCCGAUACAGAGAAGAUUAUAUUGAGCCAGAUCUGUACCACACCAUCAUGGAGUGAGCUUGCGCCGGGCACUCCUGUGUCUGCGAUGCUGAAAGCGAAGGGGACAUACGCUGACAUCUUGCAGCAGAAAACUGGCCAAAAUGUUCAUAUUUUGUGGGCAAUGGAAACUUUGCCACUGGGGUCUGGUGGCUUUAACUUAUUUCUUUGAUAAAAAAGGGUAUGGCAGUAAAGGGAAAAUAAACUGAUUUCUGCCUACCUGAAUAAAAAUCCGUUUCUCUACAACCAUUUCCUGCUGUGCUUGUGGCGGACAGAAUGAUGGCGAAUCUGAGGACAUGUUGAUAACCAUGCAAGCAGAUUUCUUUCAGACAGUGUUACCGGUUCUUGCACUCAGGCUCCCUAUUUUUUGUAUUUGUACAGAUCCUCCCAUCCUGGUCACAUACUCUUCCCCCCCCCAUCAGAAUGAGACAAAUUUAAGAAGACGCAGAGUGACCUUAAUAUUGGUUUACUCCAUAUCAAUCUCUUCAGCCAUGUGAAUCUUCUGAAAUGUUCUUCCCUUUUCCCCUCUUUGACCUUAAUUUUGCAUUGGAACACAGCACUCAUUUUGAUAUUUAAAUCGUUCUCUUGCAGGGCUUGUCAUGGGCUGGUUACUAUAGCUGAAACAAAUAUUAAAGGCUUAAAUUGAUGCUUUGUUUAAAAAAAAUAAAAAAAUUGCCAGAGCGAGAUCAAACACGUCAUAGAAAUGUGCUGCAGCUAAAGGGUUAGAGGAAUCUGUUGCCGUAUACAAUUGGGUAACAAUGUUACAAUGGAACGGUUAACGCCAAGCUUUUGUGUUAUGCUUUGUUUAUUGUCUACCUCUCAUCUCUAAAGCUAAUCGUCUGUCCUGAGUUUUAAAUGAGCAAGCGACACAACAUCCCUAACCGCAAUGGUUCGAUUAGAAAUAUGGAGUUGCAACAAUCAUGUGUUUUUGUUUUGUUUGUUUUUUAAAGUUUGCAGAAGGCUCUUUGCCGUCAAAUCAAUACCAAGGGGUCAUAACUCAAGGACAAAAAAUGAUUUGGUAAAACACUCCUGAAACUAUAGCGUGUUACAAAAUGAAACGAAGAAACUCUAUAACACAACUGAAUUGUAAAUGUAUUCCCUGAUCCUCAACUGGAUUUGUUUUCUGGGAUUUAGCAUAAGCUUGUUCUGCCAAUCACAUAAUGAGCAAUCUGUAACAUACAGUAUUUAAGAAAUAAAUUAAAAGGGGGGAAAAAAAUGGUCAGAACUGGGAAGAUAAGAGAUUGUUAUAGAACUCUGCUUAUUAUGUCUGUGAAGUAAGAAACAGCAGCAGUGAUUAAGGGGAUAUGAAACCCUCAUUUUUUUACUCCUAUUCAUUUUUCUUCGUUCUCUUGGUACAGGAAUGUAAGUUUAGGAGCCAGACGAUUUUUGAUUCAAUGCCUGAGAAGCACUUACUAAAUGGUGCCACCAAUCAGCAAGCUUUACCCCAGGGUGCUGAACCAAAAAUGGGCAGGCUCCUAAGCAUACAAUCCUGCUUUUUCAAAUAAAGAUACCAAGAGAACAAAGAAAAAUUUGAUAAUAGGAGUAAAUUAGAAAGUUGCUUACAAUCGCAUGCUCUAUCUGAAUCAUGAAAGAAAAAAAUUGGGUUUGGUAUCCAUUUAAAUUAUGUAUUUUAUAUAGAAUACAUUUAAAUAUUGGUGAUAGUGAUUUGACUGCUUCUUUGCCAGGGAAUGGCAAUACAGAGUGUGUUAUAACCCUCUGUGGCAUCUAGGUAGAAUGCUUAAAGGAACACUGUACUCACAAAUGUCUGUCAUCUAUAUGAAAAAGUAUAAUCUAAAAAACAUUUUUUGCUUAAAAAAGUUAUUUAAAGAGACAGUAAAGUCAAAAUUAAACUUAAAUUAAUUGAAUAGAGCUUGGAAUUUCAAACAAUUUUCCAGUUUACUUCUAUUAUCAAUUUUGCUUAGUUCUCUUGUUAUAUUUUGUUAAAGAAUAAUCCUAAGUGAGCUUGAGAGCGUGCACACAUCUUUAGCCAUCUGGUUACAGUGUUUGCGUCAUUGUUUAUAGCUAACGUUAAUACAUAGUUGCAGACACUGCUGCCCUAGACCGCUAUAGACAUGUGCACGCCCCUGAGCUCCUAUCUGACUACCUAGUUUUACUCUUUAACAAAGGAUUCCAUGAGUACAAAGCAAACUUGAUAACCCUGUAUAAAUUAGAAAAUUGUUAAAAAAAAAAUGCAUGCUCUAUAUCAAUCAUUAAAGCUUAAUUUUGUCUUUGCUGUCACUUUAAAGUGAAUAAAUUAAUAAUGCUGUGUCCAUUGUAUAUUUCCUGCUAAUUCACAUUAGCUGAUGGGUACUUCUAGUUAAUGUUCAUUGGUUGAUUGCUCACUGCACAGUGUGUGUGUCAUAUAUAUAUAUAUAUAUAUAUAUAUAUAUAUAUAUAUAUAUAUAUAUAUAUAUAUAUAUAUAUAUAUAGUUUACAGAUAGCUAAUUUACCUUCUACCUUUAUUUUGAAAUGCCUGCUACUACCUAUACUGAAAAUGUCAAAAUAAAAGCUAUGUGAAGAUGCAUCAGCAGAAAUCAACAUCUCAGUUGGGGAUGAGAGUGUCAAGCCCAUUUGAAAGGAUUUUCCUGCAGCAGUUUUGAAUACAAUAAACUUUUUAUCGUUAAAUUACAGUUUUAACAUAUAUUUUUUUUUUUUCCAGGCUAAAACAAAAAAUUAUUUUAAAUGCUUUGCUUUCCUAUGGAUGACAGAAAAUUGUUGAGAAUAUUGUCCCUUUUAGAGUUGUCUAAACUGUUUAAAUGUUUCCUUAUGCUGUGCAUAGGUUGCAUUCCAUUAAUUGUGCGGAUAGAAUGCGAUCCCGGGAUACGAGGGUGAAGGCUAUUUUAUACUAAUGCUGCAUUUCAAACUUUAUAGGCAAAAUGCCUAUUUUCUUGUUAACCCUUCCAUGGCAGAGGCCUGCAAUGUGUAGUAGUUCUCUACAAGUGCUGGCUUUUCCAGCAUUUAAUUCCUGUGUAUAAAUAAGCUGCAUUUUAUUUUCUUCUUAUCAAAACAUUAAAUUAUUAUUCAAAAGUAGAGCAUUAAUUUUAGCAAUAAACUUGUGUGACGUGCA